AUAAAAACACGUAAAAUUCAGCAAAAACAUCAUUAGCCACAGGCGUUUGGAAGGUGUUGACCAAAUCUUAGCUCUUAAUUGGACCCAUCAGUGAUGCAAAGGAAUCAGAGAAUCUCAUGACACAAUGGAAGAACCUGACGUAGACCAACCUAACCCCCACCCAGAAGAUAAUCGGGCUGAACGUCAGCCCUAAGCUGAUUAAGGAGCCAGGCUGGCUGGGCUGAAGACAUUCAGAGUAAGCUUCUUUCUUUCACUCUGCUCCACCUGCAGCGGAAUGCCAUAUCAUACCUGCCGUUUGGUGUCUCUACCCUGAGGUGGACCUCAGCCAUCUCGGAUCGGCAGCACAUGUGAAUGGACAGGUAGAGGAGAUUCAAACAAUCGGCGGCCUCAUCGAACGAUGUGAAUACGCUCACCGGACUCUUACGUCUACAUCCGUCAUCCUUGAGCCUUCAUGUCCAGGUGUGGACAGGGCUUUCAGGCACGGGUCGGAGCCUGAGGCAGGCUGCCUUUCACCUGCAGUGCUGAGUGACAGUUGAAGAAGAGCAGAGGACCAUGCCCACUCUUCCCCGCCUCAACAGCUUGGGGAAGCUGUGCAGCUCCAACCGCAGCCACAGCGUCAACCGCAUCAACCGCGUUCGGGUGAAACGCAAGAGCUCGGUCAAGCGAAUGUCCAUCAUCGAAGACGGAAAUGUGGCGGAGGUCCUGUACCUCAUUCCCAAACAGUACAUGGAGCAGCUCCCUUUCCUCAACCCAAAUGACUAUUAUCUAAGUGAGAGGCUGAACGACAUCAUUACAGUGGCUCACACACAGGACGCACACCAACACUCGAACGAGAAGCCCCUGAUCCAGUGCUACAAGUGUAAGGAGCCAUGUAAGGGCGAGGUGCUCCGGGUGCAGAACAAGCACUUCCACCUUAAAUGCUUCACCUGUAAAGUGUGCGGCUGCGACCUCGCCCAGGGAGGCUUCUUCAUGAAGAAUGGAGAGUAUCUGUGCAUGCUGGAUUACCAACGGAUGCACGGCACCCGCUGCAAUGGCUGCGGGGAUUUCGUUGAGGGAGAAGUUGUCACUGCCCUGGGCAAGACCUACCACCCAGCCUGCUUCGUCUGCACCGUAUGCAAACGACCGUUCCCCGCUGGUGACAGGGUGACCUUCAACGGGAAGGACUGUCUGUGUCAGUACUGCGUCGAGCCCAUGUCUCCAGGACCAAAGGACGUGCUGGGCUCCAGCAGCUGUGCAGGAUGUGGCCGAGACAUAAAGAACGGACAGGCCCUUCUUGCGCUGGACAGGCAGUGGCAUCUGGGCUGCUUUAAGUGUAAAGCCUGCAGCAAAGUGCUGACUGGAGAGUACAUCAGCAAGGAUGGCGCCCCCUACUGCGAAAAGGACUACCAGAUCCAUUUUGGAGUCCAGUGUGAGGCGUGUCAUCAGUUCAUUACAGGAAAGGUGUUGGAGGCAGGAGAUAAGCACUACCACCCCAGCUGUGCGAGAUGCAGCAGGUGCAACCAGAUGUUCACAGAAGGAGAAGAGAUGUAUCUGCAAGGGUCGACGGUGUGGCAUCCCGGCUGCAAGAACACCACCAGAACAGAGGAGAGACACAGGGAGCGGCUUUUGCCUCCGUCCCUCUUAUUCCUCCAAAAAACAGAAAGGCAGCCUACGAGGUCAUCGUCUGAGAGUAUUUGUUCCAGACCUGGUUCAAGUAUACCUGGCUCACCGGGUCACACCAUCUAUGCAAAAGUAGACAAUGAGAUCCUUGAUUACAGAGACCUAGCUGCCAUUCCAAAAGUCAAAGCCAUUUACGACAUUGAGCGUCCCGAUCUCAUUACCUACGAACCUAUGUACACCACAUCCCUGGAUGAGAGGGAGGAGAGACACGAGGGUGUGGGAGAGCUCCACAGCAUCAGAAGGGAACGUUCCCCUCUGCCCGAGGACAUAUCUUCCAGAAACAUGUCACCGACCCCGUCAGGAGAGGUUUGUUACGACAAGAGGGACCGCAUCCUCCAAAGGUCCACCAGUCAGGGAUCCAUAGGGUCACCGGUAUAUAAUCGCCAUGGUUACACCCCCACCCUGUCAAGGUCACCGCAGCAUUUCCACAGACCUGAGGCUCUGACAGGCAUGCAGAAGCUCUGCUCCUCCUUGUGCAGUAACAGUGUGGGCUCCAGAAAUAGUGACUCUCGCCCCACUUCCCCUUUCAGACAUCACUUCCUCCCCCAUAGCCAAGGCACUGACCCGCCCAGUGGCCGGAGCUCACCCCUUCCGCUCAGGCCCGACAGCCGGCCGGUCACCCCGCCUCUCUGUCAGACCCCAAAACAUUUCCACGUCCCAGAUCAGGGGAGCAACAUCUACAGAAAACCUCCCAUCUACAAGCAACACGAUGCAGCUGCCAUAGCUCAUCAAAGGAAGUCUGCUGAUGAAAUCAUCAGAUCCGCCACCUUCCCCGCUGCCCAUGCUCCGUCUCCGGAUGACAACUCGCUGAGUGAGGGUGACUGUUGGCCUCACUCUCUGGCUGUGUUAGCACCUAUAGGUUCAGAGGGGAGGGGGCGAUCUAGAGAAGAGGAGGAGGAAGAAGCUUUGAAAAGAAAACAACUUCAAGAAGAACACCUCAGCAAGAUUCAGUCGGGUCUGGGGAAGCUAAUUCUAAAGGAGGAGAUGGAAAAGGAGCAGAUCAGAGAACGGCAUGCACGGAGCCUCUCUGCUCAGCGCUACGAUCCCCAAACAAGCAACUGUGACGCAGAUCAAACAUCUCCAACCAAGACCAACUCUCUGCCUGGCUACGGGCGGAAUGGGCUACACCGGCCUCAGUCGACAGAUUUCACCCAGUACAACAGCUAUGGUGACAUGUGUGGAGGAGGCCGAGAGUUUCAGCACAUUAAGGAUGGCCGUGCAGCACUUGCAAGGAUGGACAGGGGAGUAUCUAUGCCUAAUAUGUUGGAAUCAAAAGUGUAUCCCUAUGAAAUGCUCAUGAUCACCAGUAGAGGGAGAGCUAAACUGCCAAGGGAUGUGGACAGAACCAGACUGGAGCGCCACUUAGCACCCGAAACGUUCUUUGACAUCUUUGGAAUGGAGAUCCAGGAGUUUGACAGACUUCCCCUGUGGAAACGCAACGACAUGAAAAAGAAGGCCAAGCUCUUCUAAAAGUUUAUUUUUCCUGAUUUCCAGCAUGCAUUCUCCUGUACAUACGACCAGAUAGCACACAACAACUGUAAUCUAGAUGUAGGUUCUGGUUUUGGCCCUUUUCUUUAUUCCUUUUCCACUUUUUAGGAGUUUGUUUAACUGAUGCAGGGCGACAUGAAAUUGACUGUGUGCUGGGAGACUUUUAUUUUCCAGUUAAAAGAAACAAUGAAUGGGAAUCUGUCAUCCUCAAAAAUGACAAAGAAUAGGACCCGGUUAUUUCGUUUGACCGCGCUUCCUUUACCUCCUGCUUUGCUUUAAGUGGAACUGCUUCCUUUACUUUCUCGCCUGUCUCUUAAUCUUUGUUGCUGUCGAUUCCUGUGGAACGUUUUGAAACUAGAACCUCGCGGCGCCGCUCUGAAAUGCCCCCGCUUGAAGCUUGAUUGUGUGUUAGCCUUCUUUUGCUUGGGCUGAAGUGGUUUUAGCUCAAAGAGUUCAAAGAAUUGGCUCAGUGAGUCUUAAAAACAAAGAUUUUUUUAAAAAAGUCCCUGGGAAAGCAGUCGGUUGACCCCCUCAGUCAUCCGAGCACCCACGUGUCACCGGUCCUCUUGGCUUUUUUUCUGCACAUAAAACGUUCAUCUGAACAGACGAAAACUGUCUCUUCUCAGGCUGUCACACACAUUUAGACACUUUCCCUUUACAUAUUUUGAGGUAUAAAUCGUAUAUUUUAAUGCUGUGUUACCCACAUACCACCAUACAGAAAAAAACCCCAAUCCAAGAAACAGUUGUAUUUGAAAGUAUUGUUUUAUAAAUGAAAACCCACACUGCCAUUUGUUGUAUUGUAAUCUUAAGCCAAUAAAGCUUUACAGUACCGUGAACCACGACGACCCUCUGCUAUACCAAAGUUA